CUCAUGUAUUUCUAUCAAUCUGGUGCCGACUACUGCUUUAGAUGAGCGCAUGUUUUCAGAAGCGAAGUGUUUAGGACGCAAUGACGUCCUCAAAGCGCCAAUAUGAAGACUUCAAAUCUCACGCCAAGGCUUACUUGGGCCCUUCCCUCUUCAUCCUCUCCGCAUUUCUAUCGCUACUGUCUAUCUUUUUUGUCUUUUCUGUACUACUAGCUGGGAAGGAAACUCCAAAAAGCACCGAAGUUGGGAAGCAAUUUGGCGAGCAUGGGUCUCAGAGCACAACGAUCAAAUGGGGACCGUUUCUUGUCCCAGCGAGCUCUGAAGGUGGCGGAAUGAAGCAAUGGGUUCUCAAUAAUGUUGAGAAACCAUGUACUGAUUGCUUGAUUACCUUUAUCCAGGCCGGGCUUGAGUAUCCAGACGGGUCUUAUGCAAACUCAGACACAGACAUGUGGCUCCAUCACACCGUUCUUUUUGACACUACCCAACCUGACCCGGCGUGUCCGAUGAGUAAUGUGUCGCGUAUUUUUGCAUCUGGAAAUGAGCGUACACCGGUUGAUCUCACCGGCAAUAUCGCUCAUAAAACGGGUCUUUACAUCUCACCAGCUACUAAAUUCAGUACCCUGGUUGAGCUCAUGAACGGAUCUCCCGAAGCUCGAGAAGCUAUCCUCACUAUCACGUUUGAAUACAUACCGGGAGUGCCUGUCGAUUUCAAGAAAACUACGAUGCUGUGGCUCGAUGUGGGGGGCUGCUACAAAAGCUCCGACGUGCCUGGCUACGAGAAUGCCAUUUUUGAGUAUGCAUCGGAGCCAUUGGUAAGUGACAUCGCCGGAAUAAUCGUGUUUACAGGCGGGCAUCUUCACGAUGGCGGUACGCAUGUCGACAUUCUCAAGGAUGGCAAGCUUGUCUGUAACUCUACGGCUAGCUACGGCGAGACAGCUGGGUACAUUGACGGCAAUGAGGCUAUCAAGGGUAUGCCGCACGUGUCGUCAAUGGUGACUUGCUUGAGCGCAGGAGCACUGGGACCUGGAGAGGCAGUGAGCUUGGUAGCUCAUUAUGAUACCAAAGAGCAUAUGGCGAUGAAGGAGAUGGAUGGUACGAUAUCGCCAGUCAUGGGGAUAGCCAUGGUAUAUAUCAUGGUGGACUGACGGACCGAGAACCUUGGAAAAGGUGCUUUCGAUAGCGGAUCCACAGUCAAGGUCGUCAGUUACAGUUAGCGUCGCGCACGAAGAGGUGGACAGUGUGCAUGAACAAGUGGACGUCACUGAUCGAAAUAACUAUGGUCCGAUCUCUCAGACUUUUUUACUGUGCAAGCAUGUUGCCUAUCGAUUCUGAAUCCCUAUCAUGGCUAUCUCCCAAAUUAAUUUAAAUUAUCAACUGC